AAUUUAUAUUAAUUAAUUCUCUCUCUCUCUCUCUCUCGCUCUCUCGUCGACCUUCAAAUUGAUAGUAUUAUGGCUGAAGAAGACGAGCACUCUACCUCUUCAUCGUCUUCGAAUACAUGCCCUAUCUGCCUCGGACCUCUUCUUCAAGAAUCCUAUUUGGAUCAAUGUUUCCAUAAGUUUUGCUACAAUUGCAUUGUACAUUGGACCAAAGUGGUUGCUAACAAGCAUUCUUGCCCACCUUCCUCUGUUAAGUGUCCUCUAUGCAAGACAGAAAAUUUUUCUAUCAUUCACAGAUAUGAUGGAACUUCUUUUGAACGACAUUAUAUUAAUCAGGAUUUUGGAAAUAGUGCUUUCUUUUCAGAAGCUCACAAAUAUAGGUUACAGUGCUACUAUAUUGAACCAGUUACCUUAAAGUCCUUAAAUGAUAAAUUCAUAGUAUCACGGUAUUGGAAGGCUCGUAAGUAUCUUCAGCCGAAUCAGUGGCUCCAAACCUGGUUGAGAAGGGAAAUUCAAGCUUUAAUUCAGGAGGAAGAUGUUGAAAUUAUCGUUCAUCACAUACUUGGUGUAAUUGACUCAUUCAGAAGAAAUGACCAAAAGUUUCCAACCACGCCCGAAACAAAACAAGAACAUUUCAAGACCUUGGUUUCUAAAGCAGCAACACCUUUCUUAAUCGGAAGAACUGAUCGGUUUGUAAAUGAGGUAGAACUGUUUCUAGCUUCGGGUUUGAAUAUUGAAGCCUAUGACAAAGUUUACAUGCAUCAUUUGGGUUGGAAAGUUUCUGGGAUUACCACUGAGGAUGAGGAAGGAGAAGUUAGUGGAAAUGCACCUUCAGUUCCAUACCUGUUUUUAUUUGACGAGGACUCAGAUGGAAUUGAGUGAUCAUUUUGUCUUGCAAAUGUAGAUUAAUACUUGUUUUUGUUUCAUUUGUUUUGUAAUCUUCAUUUGGUACUCUUUGGGAUGAACGUUGUAGUAAGUUCUGUUUUGUGUAAAAAGAUGAGCUGUACCAAUGGGGAGAGAAAAAGAAGUCUUAUUUUGGGGUUCA